UUUCUCUCUCUACAAAAACUUCUCAAGAGUAACCCCAUUUCGCACACUAUAUCCGCCUAGCUCGCCGGAAAAUUUUGGCGCCUGCAAAUUCCGGCAAAAAAUUGCCUGACAGAGUGAGAAUUAGUCCUUAAGUCACCUGUAAAUUUGCUGGAAAACUUGAGAUUCAACCAUGUGGACAAAGAGAGAAGUGAAUCAAGAGAGUGAGUCUUAUGGGUACUAUUGGGGUGCGCAUGAGGAGCUUGAACCCGGACCUUUAAUGGCGGAUCCCUCGUCUUCUUUGGGGGUCUCUGCAAAUUUGGAUGCCUUUUCGUCAUACUAUUGUUAUGGGGGGAAUGGUUUUCAUGGGGUUGAGGUGGGUGGAAUGCGAGAGAAAGGGGCUGUUGAUGCUAAAGCCAUGGCGGCUUUGAGGAGCCACAGUGAGGCGGAGAAGAGGAGGAGAGAGAGAAUUAAUGGACAUUUCGAUAAGCUCAGACACCUUCUUCCCAGUAAUGUUAAGAGGGACAAGGCCUCCUUGCUCGCCGAAGCGAUCCGACGCCUGAAAGAGCUCAAGCUUCAGACUUCUGAAAUCUCAGCCAUGGGCCCCAUCCCGGACGAGUCCGACGAGGUCACCGUCGAGUGUUCGGGCGAGUUCCCAUCUGACUCGGGCAAGUCCUCGGGUCAGCCGGUCGUGAUGGCCUCCUUCUCAUGCGACGAUCGUUCAGAUCUCUUACCGGAGUUGAUCACGACCCUUAAAUCCCUUCGCCUCAAGACCAUAAGGGCCGAGAUCCAAACCCUAGAGGGACGGAUGAGGCAUGUGCUUCAUGUCACGUGUGAAGAUUCCGGCCAAAACUCUCUGGAUUGCGGCGACCUGACAGCCGGGAUGUUGCAAGAGGCGCUCAAGCAGGUGGUCCACAGGUCGCCAGAGGACCGCAAAAUGUUUUCAGGAGGUUUGAAGAGGCAGAGGACGAAUUCUGGAUUCUGAUAUUCCGGCAGUUGGUGACGUUUUAUCAGCCAUUCUCUUCUAAAUUUUCGAAUUUCCAUACUUUCUUAUAAUGUAGAGAGGGAGGAUACUGAAGGAGAGAGGAUUCUAAGUAGAGAGAAUUGCAAAAAGUAGAUUUUUUUUGUGUGUGUAGAAAGAAAAUUGUGUUUUGGGGAUCUUAGUUUUUAGACGGGUAGUAUUGGAAACUGUAUGCAUGGUAUUAUCUUUUAAGAAAUAUAUAUAUAAUGGAUAUGUA